AUGCUCAAGUUUGUCAGCGCAGGCGUUUGGGGCCUUCAGGCCAUCAUGGCGAUCGUUGUCCUCGCCUUAUCCAUUGAGCUCACCAAGCCUCUGCCACCUACCAAUGGUAGCGCGGAAACCGAGAUCGACGCACCCACAACUACAAAAUACAGCGCGUUCUGCGGUGGUUUCGGACUGGCUGUUGCAAUUCUCGGCAUCAUUGCAACUUUCUUCGAUGCUAUCCCUGCGAUUAUUGUGAUGGGUGCCGAUGCCGUCAGUGGAAUACUGCUUCUUGCCGGUGGCAUAGCAUUCGCAAUUGGCCUCCGUGGGGUUGACUGUGGCGCUUCCACCGGGACGAGUCCGCUUGAACUCGUCAAUAACGACAUCAUCAACCGCGGCAUGAUCCUUCUCAACAACAAGAAGACGACCUACGCAGAGCUCUGGCAACUUCAAGCUAACUGUAAGAAAGCAACGGCUGAUCAAGCAAUGCAGUUCGUAACUUGUGGCUUUGUCCUGGCAACGAUUGCUCUAGUUUUCUUGGUCUGGAGGAGGAACCGCGCUGGUGGGGGAAGGGCAUAUGUUUAA